AGUCUACACAGAAUAGGGGCAGCCAUCACAUCGACUCCUCACAGCACGCGCCUCGGAUGCGUGAAAACCCAGCUUCGGCCUUGAGACAACUUUUUCUGUAAAAUUCGUAGAUUUUACCAGGAAAUAUUCAAACAGGAUAUAUAACCUUGAGGCAAUAAACUCCGAGCAGACAAACAUCGACUGAUGCAAAGUGUCGAUCACGCAUACCGACAGUUAUCUCCGACAGAACUCUGUACAGUGAAAUCUCGUUUUUAAGACGUCAGACAACUCGAUCGUCUUCUCCCUCGCAGUUUUACAAAAUGAGUCUGAGAUCAGUUUUAGUCACUGGAGCAAGUCGUGGUCUGGGUCUGGAAUUUGUCAGGCAGAUCAUCGCUCAAAAAGAUCCUCCGAAGUAUGUUUUCGCAGCGUGCCGCAGUCCACAAAAUGCUGCGGAACUUCAAGCGCUAGCGAAAGAAAACAGCAACGUGAUUAUCAUCAAGCUUGAUGUUACUGACGACAGCGACAUUGAUUCGGCAGUCGAGCAGACGAGAGCUGUUUUGAAGAAUGAGGGAUUGAAUUUAUUGAUCAACAAUGUUGGGAUCUCCAAUAGGUCUAUAGGUGGAGAUCUUCAGCAACAGAUGCGCAAUGACCUGCAGUCGCACUUCGACACCAACGUCUCAGCUUCCAUAAUAGUCACACAAAAAUUCUUGCCGCUGCUAAAAAAGGCUGCAGAGGACAACAGCAGCCUGCCUCUGGGUUGCAGCAGGGCUGCUGUAAUCAACAUUUCAUCAGUUUUGGGUUCCAUUACAAAAGCAUUGGAAGGGACUGGCAAUCAGGAUUACAACUACUUUGUAUCAAAAGCUGCCUUGAACAUGGCUACAGCUCUCAUGUCCGUAGAGCUAAGGAGAUAUGGCAUACUUGUAGCAGCUCUACACCCUGGCUGGGUGAAGACAGACAUGGGAGGUCCCAAUGCUGUGCUGGAUAAGGAGACAAGCAUCCAGAAAUGUUGGUCAGUCAUCAAGAAUGCAUCUGAGAAAUCUUGUGGACUUCAUUUGAGUUACGAUGGCACUAUCAUACCCUUUUGAAACAGUCUGGUUAUUAUCUGCUAGUCAUUGCAUGGUAUAUGAUUUUGGAUAACACAGUUUAUUAUACAUUUUGCAUGUUCAUUAAACUAGACAAAGUACAAAUCAUAUGCAGCUUUUACUCUUUCCUAAUAUGUUUUGAUAAGGUGACCAGACGUCCCGCUUUAGGCGGGACAGUCCCGAUUUUGACCUCGUGUCCCGGUUGAAUAUCGGGCGGGACGCCCAAUGUCCCGCUUUCUGGCUUUCUGGCAAGUCCAUCAAAUGUCCCGAUUGUCUUUAAAAAUCACUUUUUUCGGCGUUUUUUGACGGUGACGACACCAUCAUCGGCACGUGUCCCGCUUUCUCCCCCGAAACGUCUGGUCACCUUAGUUUUGAUCAUGUAUGAACAUAGCAGCUUUUAUUGACUUUUGUAAACUGAUCAAAGAAAUUAACACUUGUUUUUCAGCAGUGUAUGUGAUUGACACAGGAGCAUUUACUGUUAGUUUAAUUUUUAUACCAGUAUUUCCCAAUCAGCAUUAUGUGUUCAUCUUUUAAUAAUUUGCAUUCAGAAAUUACUUAGCUCAUAAAGCAGAUUGUAGUAUUGUUUGCAUACUUCUGACAUGGCUAGGAAUUUACUAAAAUAAAGUUCAUGUUUGGAAUGGCA